UGUACCAGAGUGACUGGAACUAAGAAAGAAAAACUAUUUAAGUUACGAUGCAAGCCAAAUACUGGAAUAAUUUACCGGAAUCAAGGACCAGAUCUAUCAUGAGAGGGUUUGUUAUAACUGUUGUUGUCCUCUUCUUGGCUGUUUUAUGCUGUUUGUCACUGCUGGUGAUACUGCUGCAGCAAAUAAGUGAUCUACGAAGUGAACUGGCAAAUGUCCAUAAACAGCUUCAUGUUUUUAACAAGAGGACCAGAGUAAAUGUUGAGGAUAGCUCAAUGCAGCAUGAAAAGGAAAUGGAAGAUCUGCCUGAAAAUCUAAAAAAUGACAGUAAUGCCCAAUUCCAAAUAAGAGAACAGUUAACCACACUGAAUGACAACAGCCAUGAAAUCACGAGUCUUACAAGAAAAAGGAGAGAUACAAGACCUUGUGAAAAACAGAUAUCUUUCUUGCAACUGAUCCCUGAUACUGGCAGAAGCACAAUUCAGCAAGAUGAUUCAACCUUUAUUCCCUGGAUUGUGGCUUCUCAGAGGGGUGAGGCAUUGGAAAAAAGUUCUGAUAUAAUUGUGAGAGAAGAAGGCUUUUAUACUGUGUACAGUCAGGUUCUGUACCACGAUAACUGUAUGGCUAUGGGUCAUGUUGUACGGAGAAGAAGUAAUGUAUUUGGGAAUGAACAGCGUAUAAUGACAUUAUUUCGGUGCAUUCAAAAUAUGCCAAACAACACGGCCAGUAAUACAUGUUUCACUGCUGGAAUUGUGAAGCUUGACCGAGGAGACGAGCUGGAGCUUCUGUUACCAAGCCGUCCAAAUGCUCAGGUAUCCAUGGAGAAAGAUUCAACAUUCUUUGGUGCCAUACAACUUUUAUGAAUCAACUGUUUGAGAGCACA